UCGCUACUUUUUUUGGCUGGAUUCAUAGUUUUCGAGCACCGAUUCGCUGCGGGAUUCGGCAGCCUUCUUUGAAACUGACAAUGAAUCUUCUCCGUGGAUUCGGAAUCUUGUGUGCCAUCCGUGUUCCUCCUCCUAUCUCGGCUUCGAUUUAAACCCGCAGAAUCGAUUGAUUCCAAGGCGCACGGUGAGCAUGGAGCUGCAGGGGAAGCCUAUCGACUGCGGCUUCUACAUGCCUGCCGAGUGGGAACCCCACGCCCAGUGCUGGAUUGGAUGGCCGGAGAGGCCCGACAAUUGGCGAGACCAUGCAGUGCCUGGUCAGCGUGCAUUUGCGAGAGUUGCCUCUGCAAUUUCUAAAUUCGAACCUGUCACUGUCUGUGCUUCUGCUGCACAGUGGAACAAUGCCCGCAGUCAGCUGCCAGAGCAUAUUAGGGUCAUCAAGAUGAACAUGAACGAUUCUUGGUUCCGGGACACUGCUCCGACAUUUGUCAUCAGGAGUAGUUCAUCGAACAAGGAUAAUUUGGGGAGCGAGAUUGCCGGGAUAGAUUGGACCUUCAACAGCUAUGGCGGCAUAGAUGGAGGUUGUUAUAACGAUUGGAGCGACGACAUGCUUAUUGCUAAAAAGAUUUUGGAAAUAGAAAAGAUUCCGAGGUUUCCCCAUUCGAUGGUUCUUGAAGGUGGAAGCAUUCACGUUGAUGGUGAAGGGACUUGCCUUACCACGGAAGAGUGCCUCCUGAACAAAAACCGGAACCCUGGUUUAACGAAACUUCAGAUUGAAGAUGAGCUCAAAGCAUAUCUCGGUGUCGAGAAGGUCAUCUGGCUACCUCGCGGAUUGUUUGGUGAUGACGACACUGAUGGUCAUAUUGACAAUAUGUGCUGUUUCGCAAGGCCGGGUGUUGUUCUGCUGUCAUGUACAGAUGAUGAAUCUGAUCCUCAUUAUGAACGAUACAUGGAAGCCCUUUCAGUUCUUAAAAACACUGUAGAUGCCAAAGGUAGAAAGCUCGAAAUUAUCAAACUACAUGUUCCCGGGCCACUUCAUCUGACGGACAAGGAGGCCGAUGGAUUGAAACAGGUCGGCGAAGCUAAAGUGAGGAUUCCCGGUGGUCGGAUUGCUGCUUCAUACGUAAACUUCUACAUCGCCAAUGGAGCUAUAAUUGCUCCCCAAUUCGGCGACAAGAAAUGGGAUGAAGAAGCUCUUCACACUCUUUCUUUGGCAUUCCCAGGAUACCAGAUUGUUGGGAUUGAAGGUGCUCGAGAGAUUGCACUUGGAGGAGGAAACAUACACUGCAUCACUCAACAGCAACCUGCAACUCACUCACUCACUCAAUCUUCUAAAUGAUUUCUGAUUUGAAAUCAAUAUGUUAUGGGAAGGUAACAUUUUAAUUUCAGUGAAAUCUAGUCAUGAUCGUGACUAUAAUUUGUUUAUGUAUAAACUAUUCAUGUUUACUUGCCUUUAUUGGGGUUUGCUUACUAAUUAAUUGAUUAGUUGGUGAUUUACUAUUA